AUGUCCGAAGAAGCAAAGCCAGUCGUCCCCGAAGAGGGCGUUCCUCCCGCCGAAGGUGAGGCCGGUCCCUCCAAGAAGGCCCUCAAGAAGGCCGAGGCCAAGGCCAAGAAGGAGGCUCUCAAGGCCCAGCGCGCCAUUGAACACGCCGCUACACAAGCUGCCGCUAAGAUGAGCCUCGAGGACGAUCCCGCAAAGGACAGCUACGGAAACAAGCAGGUCACCUCCGAGUCCUUCAGCAGCGACGCCCAAGAGGUCGAGAUCCGAAACCUCGACGAGUCGUACGAUGGAAAGACCGUCAUUGUCCGCGCCUGGCUCCAGAACUCGCGUGUUCAGAGUGCCAAGAUGGGCUUUGUCGAGCUUCGAAAGGGCGGAAACUGGGAUAUUCAGGGUGUCAUCAUGGCUUCUGACAAGGAGCCUGUUGUUAGCAAGCCCAUGGUCAAGUUUGUCACCAGCAUCAGCCCCGAGAGUUUCGUCGUUGUCCAAGCUGUCGUCAAGAAGCCUCUCGAGCCCGUCAAGAGCUGCCGCGUUUCCACUCUUGAGCUUCACAUCAACAAGUGCUACGUCCUCGCCCCUGCUCCUGCUGUGCUUGGUAUGACCAUGGAUGCUGCUAGCCAGCCCAUUGUCAACUUCAGCGACGAGAGCAAGGCUGGCGACGAGGCCGAGAAGCCUGCUGAGCCCACCUCUACCAUUCCCUCCGCCAGCAUGCUUACUCACCUCGACAACAUUGCCAUGCACAAGCGAACCCCCGUUCAGCAGGCUAUCGCAGACAUCCGUAUCGAAGUCAAGCGCCUCUUCCGCAACUACCUCGAGCCCCGCCACUUUAAGGAAUUCGAGCCUCCCUGCCUUAUCGGUGCCGCCUCCGAGGGUGGUGGUAACGUUUUCCGACUUCCCUACUUCGGAGAGGAGGCUUUCCUCGCCCAAUCUCCCCAGUUCUACAAGCAGUUCGAGAUUGCUGGAGGUCGUGAGCGUGUUUUCAGCUCUGGCCCCGUUUUCCGUGCUGAGAACUCCAACACUCCUAGACACAUGACCGAGUUCACUGGUCUUGAUCUGGAGAUGGAGAUCAAGGACUCUUACCUCGAGGUUCUUGACGUUCUCGAGGGUGUCCUCCUGUCCAUCCUCCGUGGGAUCCACGAACGAUGCGCCACCGAGAUUGAGACCGUCCGAUCCGUUUACGGCUCCGAGCCCCUCCUCCUUCCCGAGCCCGGUAAGGAGGUCCGCCUGACCUUUGCCGACGCCCAGAAGCUCCUCCGAGAGGAAGGACCCGCCGAGUUCGCCAACGUCCGCGACGACGAGGAUAUGAGCACUCCCCAAGAAAAGGCUCUGGGUGAGGUUGUCCGCAAGAAGUACAACACCGACUUUUACGUCAUCGACAAGUUCCCCGAGACCGCUCGACCCUUUUACGCCAAGCUCGACGACGCUGGCACCACAAUUGGCGAUGGCGUUCGCGUCACAAACGCUUUCGACAUGUUCAUUCGAGGACAAGAGGUUCUUUCCGGUGGUCAGCGUGUCAGCAACCCCGAUGAGCUCGAGGAGCGUAUCCGCGCCAAGGGCAUUGACCCUAAGAGCGACGGUAUCAAGGAGUACCUUGCUGUCUUCCGACAGGUCGGUGUUCCUGCCCACGGUGGCGGUGGUUUCGGUCUCGACCGUAUUGUCGCUUGGGCUCUGGCUCUUCCCAGUGUUCACCUUGCGGCUUACUACCCCCGUACACCCAAGCGACUUGCGCCAUAA